UAGCUCUCGUUGGCGGCUCCUUUCAAUGAAUUGGACCCAUUUUUUUUAUAUGUAUUUUAUCAUUUUUAUGCCAACCAGCAAAGACUUUUCCACCUGGAUCAUGUUUUCCCCUAUAUUUCGUUAUUCGUUUUAAGAACGAAUGAGUGAAACUUGCAUUUACAUUUACCCUUUUAAUGUGAAGAUUAUUCUUUUUUUUGAAUUUGGAGUCUGUUUUGGUUAUUAUUCAGGCAGUUAUGAGGCUUGAUUGACCUGGUACCGGAACUCUUUCCAUAAUUAAAAACAGAAGUUUUAAUAAUGCUGUGUUAUUUAUUAAGGGAAAUGUAACAAAAAUAGUGUUUGUCCUUCCCUUUGUCUUUUCAUUCUUCCCCUUCUCGUGAGGUGAUCCUUUUCAGUUCUUUGUCACCAUGCUCCAAAAUCAACAGAGGCAGUGGUGGCAGCUCAUGGUCAAACGCGUCACUGUGGCUUGCGUCCUCAUCAGUAUGAGUCUGCUCUACUGUCUUUCUACACUGCAGAUCAACUUCAGUACACCAGAGCUUCCAGUGCCUCACUCCUGUGUUCCCCAACCAGACCAGCACAGCAACCAGUCAAACACAAAUGGCUCACAGCAAGACAAUAACAUCUGUGUUCCUAAAGUGGACAUCAUGUUUAUGAAGACCCAUAAAACUGCAAGCAGCACUGUCCUCAACAUCCUGCUCCGCUUUGGAGAGAAGCACAAACUCAAGUUUGCCUUCCCCAACAGCCGAAACGAUUUCUUCUACCCCUCACCUUUUCAGCACACGCACGUUCGAGGCCACAAAUCUGGAAUGUGUUUUAACAUCAUGUGCAACCACAUGCGUUUCAAUGCACCUGAGGUGGCCAAAGUGCUGCCUAGAGACACUUUAUACAUCACGAUUCUGCGAAAUCCUGCAGAUCUCUUUGAGUCGUCCUUCCAUUAUUUUGGUCACAUUGUUCCUCUCACCUGGAGUAUACCAGGUGAAGAUAAGAUGGCCGGGUUCCUGCGGGAUCCCAACCUCUACUUCAGCCCAAAUGGAUUUAACUCCUUCUACCUGAAGAACCUGCUCUUCUUUGACUUUGGGCAGGACAACACCCUGGAUCCAGAUGACCCCCGUGUAGAGGAGAGCAUCAGGUUCAUUGCUGAGCGUUUUCACUUGGUCAUGCUAAUGGAGCACUUUGAGGAAUCACUCAUCCUGCUCAAGGACACCCUCUGCUGGCAGAUGGAUGACCUCCUCUUCUUCAAGCUCAACUCACGUAAGGAAUCCACUGUAUCUAAUCUGAGCCCAGAACUGAGGGCAAAGGCCUUGCAGUGGAACGGCAUUGACUGGAAGCUUUACAAACAUUUUAACCAGACCUUCUGGGACAACGUGGAGGCUUAUGGAAGAGAGCGUAUGGCAGAGGAUGUCGCAGAGCUCAGGAGGAGGAAUGCAGAGAUGGUGGAGAUCUGCAUCGAGGGAGGUCACUCUGUCGAAUCUGGAAGCAUUCAUGAGGAGGCCAUGCAGCCAUGGCAGCCCAUCGGAGAAAAGUCUAUCGUGGGAUACAACUUGAAUAAAAAUAUAGACAAAGCCUAUCAGGAGUUGUGCCGAAAGAUGUUAACCCCAGAAAUGCAAUAUCUGACAGACUUGGGGGUUAACCUGUGGCUCACUAAGCUGUGGCGAUAUGUGAGGAAUAUUAUUAACUGGUGAUAAGACACGUGAGACAAAAUCCGAAAGAGCUUUGGAGAGAAUGCCUGAAAAGUGAAUAUGUUAAAGAGUGAUGUUUUCAGAAUGUAUUUCUUUUUGCUCUAAAUUACCAUGCCACUAUUUUUAUUGUCCGACAUAACAAGUAAUCAUAUAUUACCUCCUAUGUAGUGUAUUUGUUUUAGUCCAGCUGAGAAUAUCAAGAUGUACAGAAAAUGUAACCAGGCCCAGCCAAUAUCAUCCAGUUGCAGAGCCACAGUGAAAGUAGUUCUAAGCCCAUUCCUGUCCAACCUGUGGCAAAUUGAACAAUAACAGCAGCUGCAGUUUAGAGCUGCAGGUGCACAUAUGAAGAUGUUCACCAUCUACAGGCAAGGAAAGUAAUUGCAUCUGCAGUUUUCACACUUGCGCCAUCUGCUAGCAAUGUGUAUUUUAACUCUUUUUU